AUGUCUGAAAUUAUUGUUAUUAUAUUGCAUUGUAUGUACAUAGAUUGUCCUAUUGAUGGUCAGUUUUAUGACAAAGAGGAAGCAAGCUGCCCAAAGACUUGUUCUAAUCGUUAUCUAUUGUGCAGUGGUGAUAAAAAGCCUGGCUGCUCUUGUCCAGAGGGUCAAUUGAUAGAUGAAAUGAAAAAUCAAUGUGUUCAUCCUGAUGAUUGCCCCAAGGUUGAUCCAUGUACAUUAAAUCCUCAGCCAGGGCCAUGUACUGCUAGUAUAACAAGUUACUAUUAUAAUUACACUACUGAGACAUGUCAAGAGUUUAGAUACAGUGGUUGCUUUCCUAAUGAAAAUAAUUUCCCUACUCAACAUGAAUGUGAAGAAAAAUGUAGUAAUUGUUAUCCGGUUUGUACUCCUGAAUAUUGUACCUUUCAUAGAAAAGAAAUAUGUUCUCUACCUUCGUCAUUGCCUGGUAGUGUUAAAGAAUGUCCAGGAGGAUGUGCCUUAUCCCAUUGUAGUGCAUGCUAUUAUUCUUAUAAUGAACUUCCAAUCCCAAAUACUUUCAGAGGUUGUCCAAAAAAUUGUUCAAUAACUGCUGGUGCAGUGAACAAGUCUUGUAUGGAUAUAUGGGGAGCUUGCAUUCAGAUAGCUUACAACACAGAAUAUGCAGAUGUGGCAUCACGUGAAAAAAUAAAAGAUAACUUUAGAUGCUGGGAACAUCCUUGCACUCCAUAAAAUUUUACUAAUUUUGCUUUUUGACUAGAAUUUUAUAAGUUUUAGCAAGAGUCUACUCUUGGUUUUAGUAAUGUAGUGAUUUUGUGUGAUUCAUCACACAUAAUAAGCCCUUUGAUAGUUUACUAUAAUUUUUUAUAGAAUUAUUAUAAUACAAUCUUCUUUACUUUAAGUUUGCAAGGUUUU